AUUGGGCAUCAUAAAUCUCUUGGUAAGGGAAAUGUUUUCUUUCUUACUGAAUUCUCCUCUUUUCUACUAUUCAUGCAUCGUUUUAAUAAUUCUCAUCAGUUUGAAAUGGAUUUCAACUCUUUCCAAGACCAAUAAAAAUUUACCACCAUCUCCACCAAGGCUUCCGAUCAUCGGAAACCUCCACCAACUAGGGUUGAGCCCCCACCGCUCACUUGAGGCCCUGUCCAAAAAACAUGGUCCACUCAUGUUGAUACACCUUGGCAACGUGCCCAUGCUUGUUGCCUCCUAACCUGAAGCAGCCAAAGGGAUCUUGAAAACCCAUGAUUUGAAAUUUGCAAGCCGACCCAAGUUAAGAAUUCCCGACAUACUUUUGUAUGGCUCCAACGACAUAACGUUUUCUCCUUAUGGAGAGUAUUGGAGGCAACUGAAGAGCAUCGCUGUAGUUCAUCUUCUAAAUAAUACACGAGUCCAGUCAUUUGAACAAGUGAGGAAAAAAGAGGUGGCUCUUAUGAUUGACAAGAUCAAAAACAGUUGUGGUUCUUUAGUUGAUCUUAAUGAGUUGUUUUUUUGGCUUACGAAUAACAUUGUCUGCAUGGCGAGUCUAGGGAGGAAAUAUGGUGGGUCAACGUUUGCAGACAUAAUGGACAGGUUUGUGCAUCUGCUCAGUGGUUUCAAUGUUGGUGAUUAUAUUCCAUGGUUGGCUUGGAUAGACCGAUUGAGUGGUUUAGAGGAGAAAGCACAUAAAGUUGCUAAAGAAUUUGAUGACUUUCUUGAAUGUGUUGUUGAAGAACAUGUAAACAAGAGAACAGAAAUGGAUGCUCAAUGUCGUGAAGAUCAAGAUCUAGUUGACACCUUAUUGGAUGUACAAAGAGAUAACGCAACUGGCUUUACCUUUCAUAGAGAUGUCAUCAAAGCCCUCAUUUUGCUCCUCACCAGUCACCACCGUCCCUCCUUCCAGCCACCACAAAUCAUCGACCAAAACCCGAUCAGAAAUCCAAAUAACCCACAUCUUCCUGUUUCGUUGCCUCCGGUAGAAAAUCCACCGGACCUCAGUCCACCACAACUAAACCUGCACUCUACUAUCAGAUCGUCGUUGGAUCUACUCCCUGCUGACAGAUUGCCUCUUCACCCUUUCCUCUCGCCGGAAAAUGCUCCCACCUCCACUCUUUACUCGACCUAUUUUUACUCUCUACCAUUGCAAAACCCCGAUACCCUUUACACAUCAUAUUUCUCUAUUCUCUAUGUACCACCGACAACGACGUCUUGCUGGAGAAGAUCAAUAUCGCCGGUCGCCGGAGCUCUCAGGAAGGAGAACCCAGUUGGGGGGAUUUAA